AUGCCCGUCGACAACCUCCAAGUCGUCCUCGCCGAGCGCCCCACGGCUGAAAUCAUCCCCGGCACCACCUUUCACCAGCGCGUCACUCCUGCUCCCACAGAAGCCGACUUGGCCGACGGCGAUGUCCUCGUCGAGACCCUCUACCUGUCCCUAGACCCCGCCAUGCGCGGCUGGCUCAAAGAGGAGCGCUCCUACCUCCCACCCGUCGAGAUCGGCGCCGUCAUGCGCGGCAGCGCCGCCUGCCGCGUCCUCGCCUCCAAGAACCCCGCCGUACGACCCGGCGACCUCGUCAGCGGCCUGCCCGGCUGGCAGCAAUACGCCGUGCUCAAGGCCGGCUGGUACGAGCCGCAAUCCAGCUUCCCGGACCUGCAGGACGCCAAGCACAUGAUCUCCACCUUUGGCCUCACCGGCAUGACCGCCUGGGUCGGCAUGACCCAGAUCGGCGAGCCCAAGCCCGGCGAGCUCGUCGUCGUGUCGGGCGCGGCCGGCGCGACGGGCAGCGUGGCCGGGCAGAUUGCCAAGGCGAGGGGGGCGCGCGUGAUUGGCAUCGCGGGUGGCGAGGACAAGUGCCGCUGGCUGGUGGAGGAGCUCGGCUUCGACCAGGCGCUCAACUACAAGGACCCGGAGUUUAAGAAGCAGUUUUUGGAGGCUACCAAGGAUCACAUUGAUGUGUACUUUGACAAUGUCGGCGGAGAGAUCCUCGAGCUCGCGCUACGCCAGGCCAAGGAGUUCUCGCGCUUCGUCAUGUGCGGCGCCAUCAGCCAGUACAACACCUCGCAGCCCGUCGGCCCGCGCAACAUCACCCGCAUCGUCCAGAUGCGCAUCCGCAUGCAGGGCUUCAUCGUCUUCGACCACAAGGCCCGGUACCCCGAGGCCCGCGCCGACCUCGCGCGAUUGCUGGCCGAAGGCAGGCUCAAGACGAGCAUCCAUCUGCUGAAGGGCGGCCUGCAGGUCGCUGAGCAGGGGCUGGUCGACCUCUACAAGGGCAUCAACACGGGCAAGUUGAUUGUCGAGCUCAAGAACCCGGACGAGAGCCCGGCGAAGCUGUAG